AACAAGCGACCGGCGAUUCUUGCUUGCACACGUUUAACAUACGCCGCGCAGAAAAAUGCAUGGUUUGGAGCGACUAAUCGCGAAACACGUUUCCCGUUGGCGUUCAAGGUUCACACUGAUUGGGCGGUAGCGACGGUGGUGCUGGCAAUCGGUCCUCGUCGUCGUCAAGGUCGUGGUGACUCACGGUUCACAUGACCGGGCCACGGGCUUGACAGACGGCGUGGCUUCCUGGUCGCGUUCGGCGCCAUUUCCGCGAGUUUACCGUACCCCGUCCUGUUCCGGCAAUAAAUCCUCGCCGCCCCCUCUUUGGGCGAAAUUCCUCGACGCGCGUCGAUCUCGAUUUCUCGCCACCGUCCGGCUAUAUUCGUUCAUUCGUCCGUCCGCGCAUCUCUGCCGGCACAGCCACAACCACCGCCGCCGCCACCUGCCUGUUUGGUAGGAAUCGGAGCCAGGCCGCGCGCCCAUGGCCGUCGCCGUUUGCGUCACCGGCGCCGGCGGCUUCAUCGGGUCGUGGAUUGUCAAGCUCCUCCUCGCCCGCGGGUACGCCGUCCGGGGCACCUCCCGCCUCGCAGAUGACCCCAAGAACGAGCACCUGUGGGCGCUCGACGGCGCGGCGGAGCGCCUCACGAUGCUGCAGGUGGACCUGCUCGACCGGGCCAGCCUCCGCACCGCCUUCGACGGCUGCGACGGCGUCAUCCACACCGCCUCGCCGAUGCACGACAAACCUGAGGAGAUCAUCGAGCCAAUCAUCGCCGGGACGCGGAACGUCGUCGAGGCCGCCGCCGACGCCGGCGUGCGGCGCUUGGUCAUCUCCUCCACCAUCGGCACCAUGUACAUGAACCCGCACCGGGACCCCGACGCGCCUCUCGACGAAUCGAGCUGGAGCGACCUCGAGCACUGCAAGAGCACCAAGAACUGGUACUGCUACGCGAAGACGAUCGCGGAGCAGAACGCGUGGGAGGCGGCGCGGGCGCGGGGGCUGGACCUGGCGGUGGUGAUCCCGGUGGUGGUGCUCGGCGAGCUGAUGCAGCCGAGCAUGAACACCAGCACCCUGCACAUACUCAAGUACCUCACCGGAAAUGCCAAGGAGUACGUCAACGAGUCGCACGCGUACGUGCACGUCAAGGACGCCGCCGAGGCGCACGUCAGGGUGCUCGAGGCGCCCGGCGCCGGCGGGCGGCGCUACGUCUGCGCCGAGCGGACUCUGCACCGCGGCGAGCUGUGCCGGAUCCUCGCUGAGCUCUUCCCGGAGUACCCGAUUCCGACGAGGUGCAAGGAUGACAUGAAUCCACCAAAGAAGGGUUACAAGUUCACAAACCAGCCUCUGAAGGACCUAGGCAUCAGGUUCACUCCCGUGCAUGAAUACCUCUAUGAAGCAGUGAAAUCCCUGCAAGAAAAGGGAUUUCUCCCCAAGGCUUCUGCCACAAAGGUGACUGAAAGACGCAGUUCCCCACCUCAAAAGCAGCCAGCGCCAGUGUUGAUUUCAAAACUUUGAUGGAUUCACACACGAAGCACAAAAAAGGGGGGAAAAGAUCGCGGACUCCAACCAAAAGCAAUUGCACCUUUUUUUUCUCCUGGCAUUCCGGGCUCCGGCCCAAAUUGAGUGGGUCAGUUGGCCCACGUUACUAAAAUUCUCAAUCGCAGUCGUCAGUCGAGCUUCACAAAACUACAAGAGAGGGCUGAAUGGCCGAAAUUCUCUGGAUGGAACAUCUCUAAACUACGCCACAUAAGCGUCUGGCUAUCAAACUAUAAAUAAACAUAUUAGAAUUUCAUAAUAAUAUAGAAAACAACAGCACGUAAAGCAAUGCCGAAUGUAAUGAGCGUCUACAUCAUCUGUACUGUUACUGUGUUUCGUAAAAAGAAAAAGAAUGCAUGCACUCAA